ACAUUAGACUGUGCUGUACUGAUACAGUACUGUUAUUGACAAUAAAAACUUUCAAAAGCGGCGUGCGCGAACUGCCGUAAACUCAUUCAAGAAAAUAAGGUAAAGAAAAUAUUGUCCUCUUAAAUUAUUGUUUUACUUUUUUGUAACUAAUACCAGUAAUUUUAUACGAAGUCUCUAAAGGGGAAAGGAUUUUUUUUUGAUUUGGGUAACGCAAGUCGGCAAGUUCACAAAUCCAAAUAAAUCCCGCUUUGUGAAAUAAAUGACUUGUAUUUAUUAUAAUAAUUCAUAAGUGAAUAAAUUAGUUCAAUAAAUUGGCCUAUUGACGCCUAGUGAGUGUAAACAAAAAAAAAAUAAAAUCACCCUACUGCCAGUUGACCAUAUACCUUUGUCUAUAGUCUUAAGGCCCUCUGCUAGUACUAGUCUAAAAUAAAAAGAUCAAUUAAUAAGGAUUAAAUUCUAAAUUUUAAUUUAAAAUAUAGGCCUAGUUGAAAAGGGAAAUUCAAAACAGUGUUACAUGUGUAAAAUAAAGUUAAAGAGGUCGUCCAUAAAGAUGUCACACUAUUUUGAUCCCCAUCCCGGUCGCCCAUCCUCCAUCAUCUCAAAAUAGUAACUUACUGACUCCUUAAAAUUAAUGAAUGCCUUAAUCACAUAUUUUAUUGUUACAAAUUCGUGACCACCUACCCUUGACAUUGUCAUUGUUUAUGGAUGGCCCUAAGAUAACAUUUUUAGAACUCUAUCGCUACUGUCAGUUUCUGCUAUUAAAUCUAAAUGAAUCAAUUUUUAUUUUUAAACUUUUGUUUUUAUAUUUCAGUGCAUUUUCUGCUGAAGAAUCAUGAAGUACGUUUUAGUUACUGGAGGAGUGAUUAGUGGAGUGGGGAAAGGAAUCAUUGCUAGCAGCAUUGGCUUAAUACUCAAAUCUCAUGGAAUUAAAGUCACUAGUAUCAAAAUUGAUCCCUACAUCAAUAUUGAUGCUGGCACAUUUUCACCAUACGAGCAUGGUCAGUCCCUUACUUUUUUCCUCAUUUAAACUUUUGUGAAGGAUAUUGUUACGCUAAUUCACAUGAUGAGAAAUUAAGUACUAUACAAUGGUUGAGUUUUCUAAAUAGGAAGCUUGAAUUUUAUUUGAUAAUAAUUUAUUAAUUAUAGGUUCUUUUAGAUUGACUAAAAGGCCUUAAUCUAAAAGGAUAUGAAGUAUAAUAAAGACAUUAAUAUUUAUUAACAUCUUUAUUGUACUGUAUUAUUUAAUACAAGUUCUAAAACAUAUCACAAGUAUCUUAAACAAUUAUUUGCAUAAUUUUUGGCACUUCUCUUAAUAAGAAAUAAAUACUUUAAUAUUGUGUUAUAUCAGGUGAAGUAUUUGUUCUUGAUGAUGGAGGUGAGGUUGACUUGGAUCUUGGCAACUAUGAAAGAUUUCUGGAUGUCACAUUAACAAGGGACAAUAAUAUCACUACAGGAAAAAUUUAUGAACAAGUGAUAAGUAAAGAAAGAAAGGGUGAUUACCUGGGAAAGACAGUCCAAGGUAUGUGUGUGUAUAUUAUGAUCACUCUAGGCUAGAAAGGCUUGUUUUGAUGAAUUAUGUUUUUUUAAAUUACUCUUUAUUAAUACUUUAUUUUUAGUUGUUCCGCACAUUACAAAUGCCAUUCAAGAUUGGGUAACCAGAGUUGCUGAAACUCCUGUAGAGGGAGACCAAAAGGCAGAUGUGUGUAUAAUAGAGGUUGGUACAUCAUGUACUCUAAAUUUAGAUUUAAAGCCUAUUUAAAAAAUGCUGUUUUCAUAUUGUCCACAAGUUUUCUUUAACAUGUUUUUUGUCAUAAAGUAAUUACCGCCUAAUUUUGGUUAGGUUGUAUUUGGGAAAAAGCAUUUGAGAGGUCACGGUUGUCAUUUAAUACUCAUUUCCUGACUGCUGUUCAAGGCUACAGCCAGGGAAUGCCAUUGCUAUCUAUCAGCUGCUUCUGAUAAAGCUGUCUGCGGGGGGUAAUGGUUAGAUAUCUACUAACCAUAGUUGUCAAUAAAAAUACCAUUUUAUAUUCUUUUUCAGCUUGGUGGAACCAUAGGAGAUAUUGAAGGAAUGCCUUUCGUUGAAGCCUUUAGACAGUUCCAGUUUCGUGUCAAGAGAGAAAAUAUUUGCAGCGUCCAUGUUAGCCUUAUUCCACAGGUGAAAGAGAAGAUUUGUUGUUGUCCUUAGACUGGGGCUUUCAAAUAUUUUUAUUGAAUAAAAAAAAUAAUAUGUCCAUAUUCUUAAAAACCAGUCGUUACCGAUGUACCGCUGUUGGUUCUUGAAUAUGUAAACAUAUAUCAUCUGCAGCCUAAAACAACAGGAGAGCAAAAGACAAAACCAACACAGUCAAGUGUAAGAGAACUCAGAGGACUUGGAAUAUCUCCAGACAUUGUAAAUAUGCUAUUUUAAUUCUUUCAAGUAUGAAUGCCAUUUUAAUCUAAAUGAGCUUUUUAUAAAAGUUUAAAAAUUUUGUGAAGCUUUAUAAUCACAAAAUAUUGUAUUUCACAUUUUUUAGGUAUUAGAUUAAUGAGAUAGCUCUUUUAUUAUUAUGUUUAUAUGAGAGGAGUUAUUUUACCACUUAUGAUAUUGAAAAUUGACAGUUUUGCAGAUUUAUGUAAACCUUUUGCUAAUAAAUAUACCAUUGAAAUGGUUACGUUUUACAAUGAUUUUUUUUUUUUUUUGGGCUCUAUUUUGAACAGAUAGUUUGUCGCAGUGUCACUCCGUUAGCUGAAUCUGUCAAAGAAAAAAUCUCUCUCUUUUGUCAUGUUGACCCAGAACAGGUAAAAAUUAAGAUCUUCAGUGGUAUCUGUAUGUUCUUUAAACAUUAUUAUUAGUUCAUUUUAUAUUUAUUUAUUUAAACACCAAGCUUUCAUAUCUCAAGUAAGCUGCAGUUUUCUGUGCAAAUAGAUUAGGGGUCUCCAAACUGGCAAGUUAGACUUUAUCUAAUUUAGAGAGGAGACUUUUCUUUGAUAAAGAAUAAAAAACUUUGCAUUUGUAUUUCCGAAUUUUGUUUCAUAUAUAUUUUGAAGAAAUUUUUAAGAUAAAAAUGUUUAGCCAUGUUUAAGUAAGCUUUCUAUUGAAAAUCUCAAAUAGUCUGCUUAUUAGCUUUGGAGACCUGUGACCUGUUUGAUCACUGAUUUGAAUCAAAUUAGUUAUCAUGUCAGUUUGUAGUAUCAAUUAGAGUUUUCUUUGUCUAAUCUGGUCCAGGUUUACUGUGUGCACGACGUUACCUCUCUAUACAGAGUGCCCCUGCUGCUGCAGUCUCAAGGGGCUGACAGCUUCCUCAUUCAACGUCUACAAAUACAAUUACCUGCAAAGAAAGUUAAACCUGCUCAUGACAUGGCUAGGUGGACUGAACUAGCAGACAGGUUUGUCUGAUUUUUUUUUUAAAGAUGAAAUUACAUAAGGUGGAAUUAGACAAUUUUAAUGUUCUUUUGUGACGUAGAACUAGCUUCACUAACCCCAGGCUAUCAUUAACCCUUUCUAAUAGUAUUUAUCCCUUUACAGCCCGAUGCGCCCGAAAUGUGCCGAUUUUUUCCUUAAGCCUGUAGUCAGUUGAGCCCAAACCUGCCAGUUUUGAGGUUGUUUACUUUCGUUCUUAGCACACCGGAAAUCCAUUGCGCAUUACUAUUUAUAGUUAUACCGGAAGAAUGCCUUGUUGUCGGCAUUAUUUUGGUACUAGUUUGAACGCGGUGUGUUUAGAUUUUUCGCUGUAAAAAAUGGCUUUCCAAGCCUUGGAUAAAAUUUUGAAAGAACUUAAGCCUAAUGAAGCUUCACUAUUUCAUGAGUCUAGCAGCGACAGUGAAGAAUCUGAUAGACAUUAAUUUAAAUGACACUACUAGUGAUAGUGAUUCAAGUGAAGAAGAUAAUAGUAAUAUUAGAGACAUCGAUGACAACUGGCCCUUCAGUUCCACUCCAACUGCUCAGCAAGAUCAUGAGUGGUCUGGGAAUUGUUCACAAAUCAAAGUGGGAGGGUCCCUGAAAAUUUUUUUAGGUUUAACUUUUGCUUAAAUCAUUUAUUGGUAUUUAGGUAUUUUUAAUUUUAUUUUCUUGCAUCUAGUUUAUUUUCUGUUAAUUAAUUAGAUAAAUAACCUUGAUUUAAAAUGGAGUUAUGUCCCCUGGCUUGGGCACUGGGAGUAGACAAGACUGAAUAGGCUUUGACUGUAAAGGGUUAAUUAAUGCUUAAAAAACCAGAACAAGUUAUUGUUUUUUUAUGGACGUCCUUUUUGUUUUUAGUAAUACCAGAUAUAUCUAUUAACGCUCAUAUAAAAUAUUGGCAGGCACGAUCGACUGUUGAAGGAAGUUUGUAUUGUAUUAGUCGGUAAAUACACAGCUCUCUCAGAUUCAUACACUUCUGUCAUCAAGGCAUUACAACAUGCAUCCCUUGCAGUCAACCAUCGACUAGACCUUAAAGUAAGAACACAUAUUUUCAGUUUUUUAACAUUAUAUUGCUAGUUUAUUAAUAAGCUUAACUGAAUAUCUCAAAAUCUGUUGUUUGAAAACUUAAGGUAACUGCACAUUUCAAUAUUUGUUUAUAGUGUAUAGAAGCUGCUGACUUAGAGCAUGCAAUGGAAAGUGAAAACCCUCAGAAGUACCAUGAAGCUUGGAGGGAAUUGGUUGGAGCCAAGUAAGUUUGUACUGUAUAAUAUACAAACAUAUUUUUCUUAUGGCCUUUUACCACUUAACUUUCUUAAUUCAAUUUAAAUUUACAAUCAAAAUACUCUGUGUUAAAUUUAUAAAAGGUCGGAACAAGUUAUUGGUUUUGAUGUACCUGCUGUAAUGAACCCUGAACUUAAAAAAUAAUUGGGGGAAAAUGGGGGUUUGUGUCUUUUUUAAAAGAUUUAUUAAAGUGAUUACCAACAGUUUAAAAGAUGUUCUGAAAUUAAUUUGUUAUUAUUGUCAUAUUUUUAUUUUAACCGUUAUGAUUUUAUCCCCAUAAUAUUUUUCAGUGGUGUUAUUGUUCCUGGGGGAUUUGGGACACGUGGAACAGAAGGCAAAAUUUUAGCAUGUAAAUGGGCCAGAACAAAGAACAUUCCCUUCCUUGGUGAGAUUCCAUAUUUUGUUUGUUUAUUCUAAUUUUUACAAAAAUAAUUUAAAUCUAUUUAUUUUUACACUAACAUUUCAAGUAGACUUUUUAUAUGAAUGCUCUAUUAGGAAAGUAUAAUAUUCCAUUUUAACUCCAAGAAAAUAUAAAGUAACAUCUUUUACAUAAAAUGCUGUCUCUUUAAUAAAAUUAAUUGAUAGUUCUCUUUCUGAUUGAUUCAUUAAUUUUUCAUUAUCCAGGUGUUUGUCUUGGCCUUCAGUGUGCCGUCAUAGAGUUUGCCAGAAAUGUGUUACACUGGGAAGAUGCAAAUUCAACAGAACUAAACCCACUCACAAAACACCCUGUCGUGAGUAAAUUUUUCUGGGCUAAGAUUAAAUCUGAAGUGGUUACUGACAUAAGAGAUUUUUGUUUAACCUUAGUGACAGCAUUUUAAUCUUUACAGCUCCAUGCAUUACGUUUUUUUUUUUUAAAGAAUGUGAUACUAAGCUUAAGAAAUUCACUCAACUCAUUUUAAGUGACACAAUUUUAAAAAAAGCAUCCUCAUUUUUGGGUACAAAUGAAAAAACCUUCUUGUGACAAAUGUUAGUGGUAAGCCCAUAUCUUUCAUUAAUUGCUUUGAAAUUAUAUCACUGGAUUUUCUGCAAGAUAAUAUUAGUUUAUUUUUAAUUUAAAUUAUGACCCACAUUUUGUACUGUUGGACUGGCCAUGAGAAAUACAGUUUGGAAAGGUCUGUUUGAGAUGAGCUUCACAACCAGGGGUGCCACUUUUCAGGAUUAUUCCGGAUUCGUGAGGUUAAAUAUUUUUCAGCUCUGGAUACGCAAGUUUUUAUUUUCUCUCACUGCGGAUUCACCUUGUCGCCAGUUCAGUUAAUUCAAAUAGGGAUUCUGGGUUUUAAAAAAAAUCAGCGUGUAAGAAUGCAUGAACGCCUAUUCAGUGAGAGCGGGUUGGCUAUACCCAGAAUAGGUACUGUGACCUCUCGCUUUUGUUUGCAAGACCCUCGCUUUCGUUUGUAAUCAUUUCACAAAAAAUUAUUUCUAAGGUGUAUGAAUUUUAUUGAGUUUCGUUAAGUUUCAGGGCUUAAAAAAAUUGUAAAAGAAGUUUCAGGUUUCUAGAAAUUUUUAGAAAGGGAUUUCAGGAUUCACAGCUUUCAGCACUCAUGUUCUUAACUAUAUAUGUAUGUGUAUGAUAAAAAUGAUCAAACAGUGAGUUCUGAGAUCAUUCUGUCCUGAAUGUCUUGGUCACUUUAGAUUACAAUGUUGUUUCCAUCUGGGGAUAUGGUCAUUAUAAGCUUAUCUUUUGUUAUGGUCAUUAUAAGAAAAUAUUUUGAUACACAUUCACUUUAUUUGCAUCGGUCCUGAAUGAUGUAAUUUUGUGACAAUUAUAUUUUUUUCGGCUGAAUGGUGACUAUUGCGAAAAUGGAGAAAACUGCAUUUUCAACUGCACCACAUAGCAGCGUUAGUUUUUGACAUAUUUUAUAAGAUACAGUAAGCAGCAUUUGAAAUCUAUUUUUAAAAAUCACUGGCCAGCUGUACAAUGCUCCAGCCCUCCUCCUCUUCUCUUGUUCCAAUACAGCUUGAUGUAGUUUUUAAACAUCAUUUUAACAACAAAAUAAAAUCAACCUCAUCAGCUUUAUGCAGGGAGGGGGGGGGGGACUAUUCGCGACUGACCAUGUUAAAUUAGUUAGGCCCCCAGAUGUAUCACAAAUGAACUUGCUCCUUCAUUCAAUAAGUGAUUAUUUUCAUUUUCGACAUAAUCUCUUCUCUUGUUCCAAUACAGCUUGAUGUAGUUUUUAAACAUCAUUUUAACAACAAAAUAAAAUCAACCUCAUCAGCUUUAUGCAGGGAGGGGGGGGGGGGACUAUUCGCGACUGACCAUGUUAAAUUAGUUAGGCCCCCAGAUGUAUCACAAAUGAACUUGCUUCUUCAUUCAAUUAGUGAUUAUUUUCAUUUUCGACAUAAAUGCACAUUUGAAGCAUAUAUUUAAAGUAUAAUUUUUUAACGUUUGGCACCAUUAUGACAUUGUACAAUUUUGAGAUGGUUAAUUUCUAUUCUAAGAAUAUAUUUUACUUAGAGUUCCAGUGUAACCAGGUCUGUUUACCUAACAUUGUUCACAUUCUCCUUGCAGGUAAUUGACAUGCCAGAGCACAAUCCAGGAAAUAUGGGAGGGACCAUGAGACUUGGAAAACGCAAGACUAUCUUCAAAACAGACACAAGUGUAAUAAGUAAGUAACAGUAUUGUAUUCCUAUUAUCUUUUGUUUUUAAAUGUUCCCAAAUUAAAUAUAAUAAUUAAUGAUGAUUUAGUUUUAUCCCAUUGUUAAAAUGAAUUUAAAAUUUAAUGUCAACCUAUUUCAGGAAAGUUGUAUGGAAAUCCUUCAAGUGUUGAAGAGCGACAUAGACAUAGAUAUGAGGUAAUUGACAACAAUGUUCUUCAUUUUAUACCAGCAUAAUCUAUGUGUUUUAGGUUUGAGUUGAUAAUUAUGGAUGUAUUUUUAUACAUAAUUUUUUUUUUUUUUGGCAUUAACUGUUACUUUGAAUUGCAAAUUUACAUAAAAUUUAUUAUUACCUGCUUUAACUAUUGUAAAUUGAGGAACACUUAGCUUGUUACUCUUCCUUAACAUUUUUUAAGAUUUAAAAACAUGAAAUGCUUAGAGAUUGUUUAGACUAGUAAAAAAACAUUAUUUCUCUGGAUUAAAUUUUAAAAUCACUUUUUACAAUGUUUGCAUUGGCAGGUUAACCCAGAAGUAGUUAAAAAUUUGGAAGAGAAGGGGAUGAAAUUUGUUGGUCAUAGUGAAGAUGAUGCCAGAAUGGAAAUAAUGGAACUUGAAGGUUAGUUCGGUGUAAAUAAAAUCUUUUGAUAUGUCGCCAUUACGUAUAUUUCUUUGGAACCGCGAAAACUUUGAAAAAAGGAUUUUAUGAACCAUAGUCUAAAAUAACAGUUUCUCCAUAUUAACCUUUUAGCCUUUAACUGUCAAGUGCAAUUUUCUGUUGAGUCAAGUCAUUUUUAGCAUUUUCAUAUGUAUGUCAAAAAAGACAAAAUCCCGUACUGAGUAUACAUUUCCUGAAAGUACAUUGGAAAGGGUAUCUUAGGUUUGAAAAGAAUUUGUUUUUAAAUUAUGUGUUGAUAUUGACCUUGACCUUUCCAGAGUGAGUACAAUUUUACUACUCAAUUUCUGCAUGCAACCCAACCUAAUACUAAUACUCCAUAAAUUGGAAAAUUUCAUAAAAUUAAGUUUUUGAGACAUUAGAAGCAAUAUUCUUUCAGAAAAUUUCAAGUUAAAUGUACUUAAAUUGGAAAUAGUGAUUUUGGUGAAUUUCUUUUAUUCAAAAGAAGUGACCUUUAAAUUAAUAUGUCAUACAAAAUACAAGGGGAAAAGUGCGAAAUGAGUUCCAUUUUUUGAUCAAUUAAUACUCCAUAGCAUACUCAAAUAUAAAUGUCUUUCAAUCUCUUUAGUGUAAGUAUUUGGGGGUCCAAUCUUUGUCUUUUCUGUUCAGUUUCCAUCCUUUCCCAAAGGAAUUUGUCGGUAACUGUGCGUCUAAGCUUAGGACUUUAUCUGACUCUUACGGUGCCAUCACAGCUAGAGCUAAUACUGUCAACUAGCAUGUGGAAUAUCUCUGAAAUCAUUGCUUUCAUUUAAUAAAUUUUAAAUAAUUCCAAUUAUUAAGUCUGUUUUAAAUUUUGAAAUCUAGAGGGUGCUCUCUCCAGCAUCGGACAUAAUACAGUCCAAAAAAUUGAGCAGUUUUCACACCCAAUCAAUAGCAAAACAAGCCCUGAUAAAAGCAUGUCCACGCAUAUAUAAAAAUGGAAAUAGGAAGCAAACUCAUUUAUAAAGAGUGAUUUCCUCUUAACCAAAAUACAUUAAAUCAUUAGCAUUUUUAAUGACAACUUUGCUUCUGAUUAAAUUGGCCAUGACACCACAGACGGGUAUAACGGCUGAUGAGCAACCAUUACGACAAUUAUCGGGUUAAUAACAGAAUGGGGGGCUCAGAGGAUAUUAACAAGUUAAAGUGGCCAUUAACAAAAUGAGGUUGCUAAAUGACAUGGGUAACAUUCAGUGGCAGUUACAAAGUCACAUCAUAGAUCAUCUUCAUAUAUAUCCCAUUUAGGGAGCAUAAAGGCUCUGUUCUCUUUUUUAUUAGCAAAUAAGUAAUUUAUAAAUCAAUGUGAGUAGAUGAAUAGAUGUUUUUUUUAUUCCUCAGGACAUGCAUAUUUUGUUGGAGUACAGUACCACCCAGAGUACAUCUCUCGUCCCAUGAAGCCAUCUGCCCCAUAUCUGGGCCUUUUACUUGCAGCCAGCAAUAAACUCUCUACAUAUGCUAGUCGUGGCUUCAGACCUUCUCCACGCAUGUCCUUCUGUGAGGAUUCUGAUGGAGACGAGACUGUAGGCGAUGCUGCUCCUUAAAUAAGACAUGAAUCUUAGUAAAUUGGAUUGUGGAGCUCUGUUUAUAUGGACAUUUUUGUGUGUUAAAAAAGUUUGAAAUUUAUCUUGAACUUGAAGUAAAGAGAGGUUCCUCUGCUUCAUAUUAUAGUUCUUGUGUUUCUCGUACAUUACUGUAAAUCUUUCAUGUAGUUUUUGGAUUGUAUUUCUUUUUUAUCACAAAUAUAACCCAUUCUAAUCAAAUUAUGAACUUCCAUUCUAUUGUGACACCAUUUAAAUUAGUUUUUUUUUUAGAUGUUAUAAUCCGUACAAUUGUUGUGAGGCUAAUAAUUACUGAUAUUGUCCGCUGCCAGUUAAGGAUAUGAUCAAAGAUGGGAGAGAAAGCGUAAAAAGAAAGACAUAUUUCAACAUUUUAUCUAAUUUUUUUUCUUUUUGGAGCUAUUAUUAUUAAUUAUUCAUUAACUUAAAAAUUAUGAAAAGCUUUUUGGAUUUUUUCAUAAAGAAGACUCUUUUUGACAUGGAGUUGUAUAAGUGCUUUUGAUUUCAUGUAGCCUUUUAUGCAUUAUUAUGUUGUGGAUUAAUUUUAAUUUGACAUUGAAAAAAAAAAUUAAAAAUAUAUACACACACACCAUACUUAACAGCUACAAAAAUCUUUGAGGUGGUACUCAUAUGGCAUACUAGAAGGUAACUGAAAAUGAAUAUGGAGGGACUAGAAAACCGAUACUUUUAUUACUAUAUGAACAUCCACCAUUUUUACAUUAUUAACUGUAACUGGAACUUUCUCCGAAAUGAUGAAUGUUUAUCUCAAUUAUUUGAAUUAUCUGGCUUAUUAACAUUUUAAGAUGAGCAAGGUUCUGAAUUUAAUUGUAAUAAACAUUUAUUCGAUUUAAUGACAUAUCAUACUCUCAGUAAUGUAGCUAACAGCAAUGAAUUCCCUUUAAAAAUGAUUUUAUGUUUUGUCUUCAUUCAAUGUAAAUAAUGGAAGAAUUUUUACCAAAAUAAAUAAAUGUAAUGUAGGUCAUUGUCACACUGAUGUUUUUAUGUUGUGUGUUCUUGUAAUGGAGGGUGCGCAAACUCAAUGAAUGACCUCAAUCACUCAAUGGCACAAACUCCUUUGCCUAGUGUACUAUUUUACAUUUUCAACACCUAUAUUUGUGUUCAGCAUUUUUAUGUACCUAUAAAUGAUAUUUUUUAUAGCAUAAUCUGGAUUUUCUUCCAUCUGUUUACAAUAUUUUACUUUAUUGUUUUAUGUAGGGUGGAGUCUAGAUGAGUUAAAUUGAGGAUACAACUUAUUUGCCACUCAUUUCAAAGUUUCAACAUGAGGCCAAUAAUAAACUGUAAAUAUAACUUUAUUCGCAUAUUUUAUUGAACAAGUUUGUGCCCAUUGAUUUUAAUAUAAAUAAAGGAAUAAAUUGAU